AUGUUUCACAAAUACAAUUCGUUUACGAAUACACUUUCACCAUCUGAUCAAAUUUCUGCUUAUAUACCACAAAGUCUUGGCACUAAGGAAACAACAAAUAAUUUUUUUGUUGCCCCACAACCGAAAGGUCGUUUUCCAGGUGGAUCCAAAUCACAUUCAGAAAGUACCUUAACAAGUUCUAAGAGUUCACUCGUCGGUUUCCUUGAGAAUAAGAGCGGUACUACUAGUUCAGUUUCAACUGCCAAAGCUCAUACAGUAGCUACAACGUCUGCUAGUCAUGCAGUUGCUGGUCAUGGUCAUGAUUCUCAUGCUGCUCCAUGGGAAGGUGUCAAUCUUUGGCGUACACCAUUCAAAGGUGAUACUGAUACAGUUACACAUGUAAAACGUACCAAAGGAACACUUGAUAAAUAUGUUGAAGAUCGUGUCCGUCGUAUCCAACAAUUGCAACUCUUAGCAUUACGUAACAAGACUAUACCUACUUGGGUAAUGAUGCCACGAGACAAACUUCUUUUUGCAGCACAAGGUGUUAUUGUCGCCUAUGUUUUUUAUCAAGUAACUACAACUGUAUACAAUCACUUGAAAGCUAAAGAUCGUCUUAAACUCCUCAAAUUACUCUACAAAGAUAACGUCGAUUAA